GGCAUAUAUGGAGGCACCGACGGCUCUGAGGAUACAGCCCGUCUGAAGUCUCAUCAGCAGUGGACUCAGGAGUCGCCCUCGGCAGUUGUUGUUGGCGGUGUUUGUUGCGCGUUUCUCUCCUCCGACCUCUUCUCCACCUUAUUUUUGCGCUAUGAGUUGCCUGGAUGUGAUGUACCACCAAAGCUAUGGAGCGCACUACCUCCCUGCAGCGGCGUACAAGGCGACAUACUACAACCACCAUCACCAGCAACAACAGAGAAGACUGAGUGUUUACAGUAAGAUGCAGGAGUGUGUGGAGCAGCAGCAGCAGCAAGGAGGAAGAGGGAUGCUUUCCAGAGACCAGGGCCUGAGGCAGGGUCCUCCCCCGCCGGGAGUCGAUUCAAGCCGGAGAUCCACAUCCGAACCAGAGCUGAAGGAUGGCACUCAACCAGCAGAGGCAGAGUACUUGAGCUCCCGGUGUGUUUUGUUCACCUACUUCCAAGGAGAAAUUGGCGACGUGGUGGAUGAGCACUUCUCCAGGGCGCUCAGUCAGUCCAGCACCUUCAACAGCGAGAGCAAGCCGAUCAGAACGACUCAGGCGCCAGGUUCAGGCACCACUGGUUUAUGGAAAGAUGGGUCUGUCUCUGAGGGUCAGAGCAGCUCAGUGUGGAACACAACCUACCCACCCCAGGCCGGCUCUUGCCUCCCAUCCGUCUCCGUCUCGGUCCACCCGGACUUCUCCUCAAGCCCCGUCUCCUUCAACCACCCGGACGGAUCUCUCUGGGCCGACCAUGUGCUCUCCCAGGCCAGCCUCCCUCCUCCGGCCACCCUCCCCGACAGUUGGACCUACAGCCUGAACCCCCAGAGCCCGAGCGGCUACCCCAACGUCCACAACGUCUAUCACCCUCACCCCCACCCGCACAUCCACUCCCGGCACCACCACCCAAUGCUCCAUUCAUACCCCACCCACAGCGCGGCGUUGGAUCCCAGGUUUAAUCCCCUGCUGCUGCCCGGUGUGAGGAACCAGAGCCAGCCGACUGCCAGUGCGGGGAGCUCCCCGCACAGCGAGGGGGUGAAGACAGAGAUGGAGCCCAACAGCAACAGCCCCGUCAUGGCUACCUCUGUCACCUGGACACCCUCGGCCCUCCACGGAUCGUUGGAGGUGUACGACUCAGCUCUUGAUCAGACCAAAGCAAAGACGUCAGUUUGGUUCUAGCCGAUGCACUGAAGGACUAUCAGUUCACACCAAAAAAGGACCUACUAUGUGGCUCUAUCGACGUAUGGCUGCAACACCAGCACUGUAAUGUACAAUGUAGACUAAAGGCUUAUGAGUCCUGCACUGUCCACACGACUUAUUACGGAUGAACUCAGGCUUUGGACUUUGGCGAUCUGACGCUUUGGCCCUUUGAAGAACGACACAAAGAGACUACUUGCUUUAAGAACGGGAGGCCUCUUCUUCUCUAUUGGCACAAAAACAGCAAUCCUUUUUUUUUUCCUCCACGCAAUGUGAGACCAAGUGGUUCUGUUUCAAGAGCUCGAUUUUGAUCCACAUUCUGUUUUGUACAGUAAAUGUUUGUUUUUACAACUGUAAAUGUUUUUUUUCCUGUGUACAGUUUUGCCAUGCUAAGUUGUUGUGUGCUGGAUGAGCUCCACUAAAAGAUGGUUGCCUGAAUGCUACUUUGCUAUUUUUGCCUUUUGGGGUUUGUGUAGUGUAAAUAUUGGUAUGUUUAAAUAAUAAAUUGCUGAACUUUA